UUCAGAUUUUCUGAAGACUUCAAUUGUCUCUGGCUUCUCCCAUUUAGGGUAAAUAUGUUUAAACCUUUGCACUUUUGGAAAUGCAUUGUGCUUUGUGUUUGCUCUGGGCCAGAAAACCAACACAGCGUGUUUUGCUUGGAGUUGGCCAUGCAAUGGCACCAGCGCGCGUGGCCCCAUCCUGAAGCGCAGUUGUGCUGCUAGAGGAGCUGCCACCACCACUGGUGGCUUGCAAAUGCUGACAGCCAUAAAGAAUGACCCCUCUGGAUGCAAAGAUCUCCUUCUCUCACCACAAAUGCCAGCCAGGUUUAACAGCACGUGACUUUGCUGAACCAGCUGCAAGCAGAGAUGGAGGAUCUGACCCCAGUGCAGCAAGUCUGCCUUGCACUGCAGUCUCCGUGUCACUCUGUCAGCCAGGGAGUGCCUCGGAGAAGGCAGGGAAGGGGUUUUCCCACCAGAUGCAUGCAAGGGACAGAAGCACGCACUGUACAACUUUUCCUUCCCAAAGGAAUACAGGGGUCCAGCAGCAAUAGAUCAGACUGCACCAGCGCACGUCCUUUGUCCCCACCAGGAACUAGGUCACCCUGCAGGGCAGGGGCAGCAUCAUGUGUUUUCAUGAAACCAAAGCCCUAAUCAGCAUAUUUUCUAGCUGCUCAGAAGUCAUAUUGUCUGGCUUCCCAAGGUGAUUCUGUGUUGGUUGAUUGCGAUUUUUUUUUUUCUUUUGAUAGAUGAAAAGUCCUCUGCACCUGUUGCUGAGGGAUUUAAGAAGCCUUGCAUAAUUGGAAAAUGAAAGGGAAGGCAGCGCUGAGCCUCUCCAUUUGGGCUCCAAUAAUGAUAAUGAUUCAAUUCAGGCUUCAUCAAAGUAGGGAGAGCGGGCAGGGCAAGCGGCCAGAUCACACAGAUGCCACUGGACCAAGCCAUAACCUGAGGCACGCCACAGCCACAGGUCAGGGGGAGGACAGCCUUCCAGGGCUGUAAUUACCAACCAGGCAGUGCCUGAGGGCAGCAAGGAGCUGUAUUGCUGCAAUGAAGCCAACCCAUCUCCUUUCUCGGCUUUCCCACCAGGCAGGCUGUGCUGCACAGCGCCGGCCAUCGCGGCUGACCCAUGGCCCUGGGACUCUCCCAGCUGGGGAUCUCCACCUCCCUGUGCAUUGCUUUGGAUGCAGGUGGAUGCCCAGGCCUGAGGCAGGACCGCAGGGUGCUUUAGGCUGAGCCCCCAUUGCAUAUUUACACAUGAAAAGCUUUGGGAUUUCUUCAGUUACACCUCUGGGACCUGUUCAGCCUUUGCUGUGGCAGCAUUAGCAUCAGCGUCUCCCAUUUCUUUCUGAGAGCACACAAAUGUGAAUAGGGCUACCAGGGCUCCUUUGGAAGUCAAGCACCUUUUACUUACCAGGUAGGAAUAAUUGGUGAAGUAGAGAGAUUUCACACACACAAAAUCCUGUCUGAUUCGUGCUUUACAGCAAUGUUCGUGAUCAGCUCUGGGCAGUGCUGUGAUCGCAGCCCAAGCUGUCAGGGCCACGGGAGGCUCCCAUACGGGUGUUGGUGCAGCAGAGCCAUAAAUGCAUCCAUUGAUGGAAAUGCACCGUGCUGCCUGAGAGCAGCUGCUACUGCUGCCUGGAGAGCUCAGCUGAAACCAAGUGAUGAUGAACCCAGCGACAACAGAAACCCAGGGAUGAUACAAACCUAGAAGCGAUGAAUCUAGGGAUGACAAACCGGCCUGGCAGCAGGGACGGGCCAUUUACUGGCAGUAUUCUCCAAAGGAUGCGAUAAGAUAAGGCGCUUCUCUCCGGCUCCCCGAACUAUGCCCCCAUCAUCUGUAUUUGCACAUGAAAGGCAGGGGAGCAGGGAAAAGGCAUGUGAUAAUUGCAAAAGGACGGAGUUUUUCCUCGAGCUGCUGGGUGGAGGAGGAAGCAGGGAAGGAGCCGGUGCCCUCCCUCUGGCCCCAGUGUAUUUAAGCUGCAGGAGCCCGUGCCUCCAGUUGUGGGACAGGCAGUGCGGGAAGAUGAGCCGCUUCCCAGUGGACGUGAAGGCCGUAGGCUUGAUGCAGUGCAGAAAGCAGAAGAAGUACAUGAUGUUCGUGUCCUGGUCAGAUCAAAACAACAUUCUCAUCUACCGGACACUUGAAGAAUUUAAGAGAUUCCAUAAAGAGCUGAAGAGAAAAUUCCCCAUUGAGAGCGGAUCGCUCAGGAGAUCUGACCGGACUAUACCUAGGUUUAAAGAUGCAAAUGGGAAGCAGAGGAAGAGUGGGAAGAUAAACAGGUCCCUGGAGCAACUGAAAUUGCUGGAAACUUACUCGCAGGAACUGCUGAAACUGGAUGCUAAAAUCUCCCAGGGUGAAGAUGUGAUUCAGUUUUUCAAGGCACAAACUCAGGACCUUGAUCCUUGCUUUCCUGAAGACAGUGUUGUGAUCAUGCCAUCAGAAAUUGGAGGGGAAAAGAAGAAAGAGGCUCAGCAGCAGCAGCUCUCCAUUACGUACCCUCAGGUGUCUCAGAGCUACCGCUGCAUCGAAACCUUCGAAACCAAAGACACAAAGAACAAGACUUUCAAAGUUGCUAAGAAGGAAAUCGUUGAAGUGUUACUGAAGGACAUGACUGGGUGGUGGCUUGUGGAAAAUGCAGACAAGCAGAUAGCCUGGUUCCCAGCCUCGUACCUGGAAGAGAUCAAUGUUCACAAGGACACCCAGAACGCUGGGAGCUCAGAUGAGGAGGGCAGCCUGUACUUCGUCAUGCGGGCCUAUGAGUCGCAGAAAGCAGACGAGCUCUCUCUGAACAAAGGUGUGGUCGUGGAGGUGGUCAGGAGAUCUGACAACGGCUGGUGGCUCAUCCGCUACAAUGGGCGCACAGGCUACAUGCCCUCCAUGUGCCUCCAGGCCUACAAGAACCCCCACCACAGGCUGCAGACCAUCAUGGGCCGUGGGCUCCACAUCUCCACGCCCAACCUCUGCUCCUCCUUUCCGGCUUCCCAACCCCUGGGAGAGAGCACAGCACAGGAUUGCACCUCAGGGGACGGCAGUGACGAGGACAUGAGCUCCUUGAGGAGCAGAUCACAAUCUCUGCCCAGGGUCAUCUCCACGCCAGACCUGGAGUCGGACGGCUCCUUGCUCAGCUCAAGCGGUGAGCCCAGCAGUACACCAAGCUGGAAGCCGGGCUUGUCCAGGUCUCUGCCUGAAGUGGAGCAGGCCGUGAGCCCAGUCCUUGGGCACGCCUCAGCCACACGCAGCAGCAAAUCUCCACGCCUCACCCACAAGGACAGGAACGACUCAGGCUUCGUGGAGCCAUCUGCUGCUGACCUAAGCUCCCUCGCUGACCCAGAGGUGCCCACUGGUCCCCCCAAGGUACCCACGCGCCCCUCAGCCCACGAGAUCCUCCAGAGGUGCAGCACAGUCACCAAGCGAGCCCUGCAGCAGUCAGCUGCCUGCCCGCCCCUCCACCCCCUGCCCAGUGCUCACUAGGGCCCCAUGCCUCACCCUGCAGGGACCAGUGCUUUCAAGGCUUGCAGAAAUAGCUUUGCUGGGUUAAUGCUGUAGCUUGCACACCACAGACAGGGAGCUAUAAACCAGGGUAUACCACUGUUACUAACAGAGCUGCAGGAGGAUCCAGCAGCUCCUGUUUAACAUAGGUCACUUAGGGUUCAGUUCCCUCCCUUGGGAGGGCACAUAUUUAUCCUGCAACAUCAUUUAUGAAAAUGUCAUAACUUUCUUGCAUUAAUCCCUGCACUGUGGCUACCUCACAGCACUGGAAAACAGAGGAGUGAAACCCAUAGUUACAGGCAUGCGAACAGCAUUUAUCUGAAUCCCUGGAAUAUAUAUAUAUUUAAUUUCUAUUUCAUUUUUUUACUUUAAGGUUACAUGAACUUGGGUAGUAGAGAACUGGCCAGCAAAGGUGUUUGUGAAUUGGCUGGAUCCUCUGAAUGGCUGAGGACAAAAGUCAUCUGUAGUGCCUAGGAAUU